AUCGCCCCAAGAUGGCCCAAGAGGAGUCCAAGAGGGCCCCCACACAGUCCAAGACGGCUCCAAGGGCGUUCCGUAGUUAUUUUGGCUCAAGCAUCGGGCAGCAGGCGAAGGUUGCGCACAUUCUCGCCGCCACGCCGCAGUUACCUGCCUCUUCCUUCCCGCAACGCGGCCGCCGGCAUGGCAGCCGAUCUUGGGCGAGGCCCGCCGCGAGAGGAGGAGCGCGUCCCCAUCGACUCCUCCAUGCGCAGGAUGACCUGCGACGCCCAGGAGGCGACUGGCGAGGCUGACGCCGUUGGCCUGGCAGGCAUCGAACACUUCAAGGCGAGGCUAAAGCUCUCCCUCGACUGCGCCUCGCCAUCGGCCGACCGCGAGUGGCAGUCGCACAGCAAGUCCAGCACAGCGGCGCCGCCGAGUGAAAGGACCCCGAGUGGUUCGACGCUGCCGCCCGACGACUCUCCGCUCUCGGCGCUGUCCUCGGCCCCCUCGCUGGCGCAGCGGCGUGGCCUGCUGGCGCCCCUGGCGGACCGUCGCGGCAUCGGCCUGACGGUCGACACUGCCUGGACGUCAUUUCGGCCCUCCACGGGUUCGCAGACUGUCCGACGAGAUCCCCAGGACCUGGCCCACCCCUUCACAGUGCCGAAGGACCUGGAGGCAUCUCUCACAGGAGUCGAGGGGCCUGGCGGCCUGGCCGCGGCACCCCUGCUCGUCUCCGGCGCGAGGGCCAGGAGCCCCAUGGUUGGGAGGAGGUCGGCCCAGGACCAGCGCGUGGAGUCGUUGACGCCCGUGCUGGGCGCAGACACGAGCUGCUCGUGCAAGCGCUUUUCGAGCAGGAGCUCGCGCUCCGACUCGUCCGUGGAGCACCUCGACUCGGGAGCACCUCCCCGCUGCUCUGGCGGGGCGUCGCGGGCGCCGGAGCCGCAGCGCGCGGGCUGUCGGGCCGUUUGUGGGAGUCGCAGGAGUUGGUUGGCCAUGCCGAGGAUGUCUUCGUUGCCGUCCAGGGGGUGCUGGACCACCUCAACGGCGAAAGGUUCUGCUGAGGUGCUAUCGGCCCGGACGGCCCGAACAUCUGGCUCGCGAUGGAUAUUUGGAGCCCUCCACCGGGCCAAGGGCGGCGAGGGCGCCCGCUCUCCGCGGUCGCAGGAGAUGAUUGGGCUGGCGCCCUUCGCCCAUUGCGAGGACGAGACCUGAGCCCAGUGAACAACGGCGCCCUUGCUGGACGGUAAGUCCUAUGAGUGCAUUGCAGUCUGUCACUCUCUUUGUUAGUCUGUUAUGCUAUCGCUCAUAGAUUGCGAAGGCUGUGGGUGGCAUCGCACAUGUGCUUACUUUUGUUUCCCUCUUUCUUUCUCUUUCUCUCUCUCUUUCUCUUUCUCGCCCUCUCCUCUUCUCUAUCCCUCGCUGUCCCUCUCCCUCGCGCUCCGAAUUUGAACGGCAAGGGGCGGCGUGCAUUGCUCUUGCUCUAGCCUGUACCGUUUCGCAUGGGCAUUGCAUAUUUUCGCUGUCUGGGGAUUGGGGACCUCCUGCGGGUCCAGGCUACAUAUUCGGUGUGUGCUGGCUGUGUUCGGUGAGUUCUGGCAGAUGCAUGCCUCAGCCGCGCGCUCUCUCUCUCUCUCGCUCGGCAGGCAACCGCCUGAGCCAGCGCCGCCGGCAUGGCCAUUACCGUCUCAAGCGCCUCCUGCUUCACAUAGCUAGCAUUAGUUUCGAGUCCUCGUCUCCAGUCAGGACAGCUUCCCAUCGCGCCGACAGUUCGCACAAGAUCUGUAGCGUGCGGACGCGAGUCGCAGAAACAACAA